AUGGGCUGCAGCAUACGUAAUAAAGAGGAAACUUUUACUAAAAAGAAUAAAGAUUGGUUGAAAGGCGAAUUUACAAUUUUGAAAGUUACCAGUCGACCAGGCCGGCCUAAGAAAUUAUUUCAAGAAUUAAGUGAGAGAUCAAAAAGAAAAACUGAAGAACUAAGGAACAGUGUAGAUGUGGAGGUACUGACUCAUGCUACUCAGGUAAAAUUAUCAGCUUCUGGAAAAAGGAACGCUGCCAAAAUAGAAAUAAUUACUUCUUCGAAACGGGCUACAAAAUACAAACGAGCAUAUUCUGUAAGUCAGCAGGGGGAUAAAACAGGAUCUCAAAUGACGCCUACACAAGCGCUGUCGCUGUUUGUUGAAGCCAACCUUUCCAGGAGCCAAUAUGAAACCAUAAGAAAUGCUAACAAAAACUAUAUCCCUGCUAUAGCAUUAUACAACGAGCCAAAAUCGAAUGCUAUCCGGAUAAGGAGUUAA